AUGUUACCUAGGUAUAAGUUUUUUGUAUUUAAUGUCACCCGGGGCAGUCCACAGGUCAAGCUUUUGGCGUUUCUCCUGCAAAAGAAAUUCAAGCUUCAGACCAAGACUAUACAUAUCAUGGCUAUCAUGAAAUCAAUUGUCUUAGCACAGGCGCUGCUCUGGUCCCUAGCUUCCGCCGAUGCGUCAAACCUGAACCCCAAGGGUCAGGGCUGUGUUGACCCAAGUGGUUAUCUUCAAUGUUACGAAGACAAUGUUAAUUCACUUACCACAUGCUUGACCAAAGCGAAGGAAGACUGCGAUGGAGAUUCGUAUUCAACGUGUGUGUUGGCAUGUGGAAAUGUGCAGUUGGCUGCGAAUAUUGGUUGUUGGUUGACAAGUUGCUGGAAUCAGGUGCGGUUUAUCCUCUCCGCCUAA